AUGUUGAUGGUUGAUGCUGCAAUGCCACGCCGUAACAAAAAUGAACGCAACAGGGAUAACGAUGAAGAUAACAGGAGCUACGCAAAAGGAAGGAAUGACGCAAUCCACACCUUAACGAGGGAUAAAAACCAGAUACUCCGAGUUGAUCUCCAGAGUUUUAGUGGAGAACAGGCCUAUGCUAUGUAUUCUGCAUUUUACAUCGGAGAUGAAGCCAAUAAAUAUAUAUUGACAGUAUCUGGAUACAACGGAACCGCGGUAGACAGCUUGGGUUAUCACAGUUGUAUGAAGUUCACGACGAAAGAUUGGGAUAAUGACAUGUAUAGUGGUAGCUGUGCUAUAAAUAACCAUGGAGGGUGGUGGUUCAGAGCAUGUCAUCCCGCAAACCUUAACGGACAGUACGCCCAGUCAGCUGUGUCUGCUUGGCAUUACAUAGUAUGGCAGCACUGUAAAGGAACCGAAUAA